CUCACAACACACACACACACACACACAGAGACAGUUCGAAACAACAAACAGAGAAGAACAAGCCUGCAAGAAACACCGAUCCUCCAAAGCCCGGCACAUAGAUAGAAGACCGUUAGCCGGGUUCCCUGUCCCUGGCCGUCGUGUGUGGUUAAGCUAAGCUAAGCAAAGCUAUGGCUCCGGCGACUGCGGACACGGCGGUGGCGGCGGUGGGCGGCGGAGGUGCUGGGAGGGCGAAGGCGACGGCGCUUGGGGUGGCGGCGUGCGAGCGGGACGCGGCGAAGCUGGAGCUGAUCGAGGAGAUGACCAAGGGGUUCGACGCGGUGCAGGAGGAGGUGCUGGCGGCGAUCCUGGCGCGGAACAACGGCGCCGAGUACCUGGCCAGGCACGGCAUGGAGGGCCGCACGGACCGCGACGCGUUCAAGGCCCGCGUCCCCGUGGUCACCUACGAGGACCUCCGCCCGGAGAUCGAGCGCAUCGCCAACGGGGACCGCUCCAACAUCAUCUCCUCCCACCCAAUCUCCGAGUUCUUGACCAGCUCGGGGACGUCAGCCGGGGAGAGGAAGCUAAUGCCAACCAUUGAAGAUGAGCUGGACAGGAGGCAGAUGCUCUACAGCCUUCUCAUGCCCGUCAUGAACCUGUACGUCCCUGGGCUGGACAAGGGCAAGGGUCUGUACUUCCUCUUCAUCAAAUCGGAGACCAAGACGCCCGGCGGGCUCCCGGCGAGGCCGGUGCUGACGAGCUACUACAAGAGCGACCACUUCAAGCACCGCCCGUUCGACCCGUACCAGGUGUACACGAGCCCCACGGCCGCCAUCCUCUGCACCGACUCGUUCCAGUCCAUGUACGCGCAGAUGCUCUGCGGCCUCCUGGUCCGCACCGAGGUGCUCCGCGUGGGCGCCGUCUUCGCGUCGGGCCUCCUCCGCGCCAUCCGCUUCCUGCAGCUCCACUGGAAGGAUCUUGCCCGCGACAUCGAGUCCGGAACCCUCAGCGCCAAGGUGGUCGAGCCGUCCAUCCGCGACGCCGUGGCCGAGGUCCUGAAGCCGGACCCGGAGCUGGCGGCGUUCGUGGCCGCCGAGUGCGGCAAGGAGGACUGGGCAGGGAUCAUCACCAGGAUGUGGCCCAACACCAAGUACCUGGACGUGAUCGUGACGGGCGCCAUGGCGCAGUACAUCCCCACGCUCAGGUUCUACAGCGGCGGGCUGCCCAUGGCGUGCACCAUGUACGCCUCCUCCGAGUGCUACUUCGGGCUCAACCUCCGCCCCAUGUGCGACCCCUCCGAGGUCUCCUACACCAUCAUGCCCAACAUGGGCUACUUCGAGCUCAUGCCGCACGACCCGGAGGCGCCGCCCGUGUCCAAGGACGACUGCCCGCCGCCGCGGCUCGUGGACCUGGCGGACGCCGAGGUGGGGAAAGAGUACGAGCUUGUGAUCACCACGUACGCCGGGCUGUGCCGGUACCGCGUGGGAGACAUCCUGCAGGUGACCGGGUUCCACAACGCGGCGCCGCAGUUCAGGUUCGUGCGCCGGAAGAACGUGCUGCUGAGCAUCGACUCGGACAAGACGGACGAGGCGGAGCUUCAGGCUGCCGUGGAGCGGGCGGCAAGGCUGCUGGCGCCCUACGACGCCACCAUCGUGGAGUACACCAGCGAGGCGGACGCCACCACGAUCCCGGGCCACUACGUGGUGUACUGGGAGCUGAUGGCGCGCGGGGCGAUGUGGCCCGAGGCGGCCGUGUUCGAGCGGUGCUGCCUGGAGAUGGAGGAGGCGCUCAACGCCGUGUACAGGCAGGGCCGGAACGGGGACGCCAUUGGACCGCUGGAGAUCAGGGUGGUGCGCGCCGGCACGUUCGAGGAGGUGAUGGACUACGCAAUCUCCCGGGGCGCGUCCAUCAACCAGUACAAGGCGCCCAGGUGCGUGUCAUUUGGUCCCAUCAUCGAGCUGCUCAACUCCAGGGUGCUGUCCAAGCACUUCAGCCCGGCCUGCCCCAAGUACGGCCCGCACAAGAAGUGAUGCCAAUUGAUCCAUCUCAUGCCAUUGAGCGCUAGACGUGAUCUGUUUUACUAGCUUUACUAGCCUGCUACAGAAUAAUGUGUUGUACUCUCUGUUUCCGUUUCCUGUGCCGCGCGUGUGUGAUCAUUAAUUCCUAGUAGCAACUUUGCUCUCGAUCGACCGGCUGCGCAUGCUGUGCCUGGUUCGGUGAUGUUUAGACCGUACUACUCCAAUUUACUGCUAGUUUAUUUACAUGCAUCUGUGCUGUCGUUUCCUGAGUGGAAUCAAAGUAGCGUGUGUUUGUAAUGCUAAUCUGUUGGAAACGCGUCAUUCUUGGCUGAUUAGGCAUUCAUUUGCUUU